CACUCGCACACACACACACACACACGCACACACUGUCACACACACAUAUACGCUACGCACACACACAGGAGCGUAGCUGAGAGGCGAGGACUGCAGCAGCAUGCACCAACCGCCGCUGAGCUGUUCGGGGACACGAGGAAGGGGAACUGAGGAGAGAAAAUAGUGUGCUAUCUCACACCAGCCUGCGUGUGCAUCUUUGCAGCGGAGGGAACGAUGCAUUUCAACAGAGGAUAGCUUAUGUUAACCGGCCUCCUCUGCACUGCCUCUGCAUCCUGUUCAACCCUGCUCCUCCCACUCCAACUCUUCCUCCUCCUCCUGUCUACAGCAUCAUUAGACAGGACUACAGAUUGACCGGGACUGGCGAGUGCCGGAUGGUCAGGUUCGCCCCGGCUGAAAGAUUCUUCCGUUGGCUAUGCUACGUCUACACCUUUCCCGAUGGCUGGAUUGUAAUUGAUGUUCGGAGCUAGAAGAUAGCCCACAACCUCAACGGGGAAUCUUGGAUGUGUGUGUCAUUCUUUACCAGUGUUGUCAUUGGUGCAUUUCCUCUAUUUCGCUGGUUGUUUUUGCCUUCUCUGAGACUGGCUAGCAGGCACUGCAGCAUCAGGACCGCAAGACCCAUGAAGUGGUAGGGCAUGAGGACCCAGGGGCGACCCAAAGGAAGGGCUUGAGUGCUUCCAUUGCUACCACUGCUGCUGAGGUGCUUAUCUUGAUUUUUUUUUCUCCAGAAAAGGGUGUCUGGUGGGGGUUGGGGUGGGUGGUGACAGCACAGGUACCCAGGCCCCUGCAGAGCAGAGCGGGCGGCUCUUGCGUAGAGGAGGCAGGCAGGACGUCCUGUGGGAAAGGGGGGAAGAGGGGCUGGCUCGAGCAUUGGGCUCCUGAUGGUGGCUAUUUUUGUCUCCCCUAGCUGAGUGAUUGGGACAGCGGGUGGAAGAGAAGAUGCUUAUGGCCCGAGACACGGCGCGGGACGAGGCUCAAAAGCUACACAGGAAGUGGCUGAAGCACCAGGCCUUUAUGGCAGAGCUGGCCCGCAAUAAAGAAUGGCUGGCCAAGAUAGAACAGGAGGGUCAGGAGCUGAUCCAGGAGAAGCCAGAGCUGAGGUCGGUGGUGCAACAGAAACUGGAGGAGAUCAGGGAGUGUUGGUCUGACCUGGAGACCACGACCAAGGCCAAGGCCCGGCAGCUCUUUGAAAACAACAAGCCUGAGCCUGCGGUGAAGAGCUACUCAGACCUGGACCACCAGCUCUCCCACCUGGAGCAGCAGCCCCCCCAGCUGGAGCAGGCGCACCAUCUGCCCACCUUCAAUGAGCAGCUCCAGAAAUUCCAGGCCAUGGAGUCCCAGAUCGGGGACUUUUACAAGGACGUGGGGGAUCUGGGGAGCUUGCAGGGGGUCUGCCUGCCCCAGCGAGGCCUGAUGGCAGGUGACAGGGAAGGUGGGGAGCAGCCAGGCGUAGUCGAGACCCGCAUCGUUCGCCUCAUUGAGCCCCUGAAGGAAAGACGCCGCAUCCUGCUGGCAUCCAAAGAGAUGCACCAAGUCGCCCAAGACCUGGAGGAUGAGAUAUUGUGGAUUCAAGAGCGACUUCCCGUGGCCUCCUGUAAGGAUUAUGGUAACAACAUGCAGAGUGUUCAGCAGCACGUAAAAAAGAACCAGACGCUCCAGAGGGAGCUGACGGGACGACGGGCGCGUGUGGAGGAGGUUCUGGACCGAGCUGGAAUCAUUGCAUCGCUUCGGACUCCUGAGGUGGAAUUUGUGCGUGAGGGGGCGGGGCAUGUGCGUCAGCUGUGGGAGGUCCUGCAGCUGGAGACGGAGAGGCGGUCAGUGCUGCUGGACGCAGCGUUGCAGUCUCAGCAGUACUACAGCGAGGCGGCCAAAGUGGAGACGUGGCUGUCAAGUCAGAAGCUGCAGCUGGCCAAUGAGGAGAAAGGAACGGAUGAGGCAAGCACCCUGCAGCUGCUGAAGGCCCAUCUGGCUCUGGAGCAAACAGUGGAAACAUACGCUGAAACAGUGGGCAUGUUAUCCCAGCAAUGCCAGCGUCUCCUGGAACUAGGACAUCCAGAAAGCGAGCAGAUCACCAAGCAGCAGUCACACAUAGACCGGCUCUAUGUGUCUCUGAAGGACAUGGUGGAGCACAGGAAGACCAAGCUGGAGCAGCAGUACUGGCUCUACCAGCUCAACAAGGAGGUGGAGGAGCUGGAGAAGUGGAUCACGGAGCGGGAGGCGGUGGCCAGUUCCACCGAGCUGGGCCAGGAUCUGGAGGAUGUCACGGUGCUUCAGGAGAGAUUUACCAAGUUUGCCACAGAGACCAACAACAUCGGGCAGCAGCGCAUGGAGCAGGUCAACAAAAUGGUAAACGAGAUGAUCGACUGCGGCCACUCGGACGCGGCUACCAUUGCCGAGUGGAAGGACGGGCUGAACGAGUCGUGGGCCGACCUCCUGGAGCUGAUGGAGACCCGCAGACAGAUGCUGGCGGCAUCGCAUCAGCUGCACAAGUUCUUCACAGACUGUAAAGAGGUCUUGGCUCAGAUCGCAGGGAAGAUGAAGCAGCUGCCAGAGGUGAGGGCAUGCCAAGCCAACAUCACCAACCCAGCCACCCUGCAGAGACUCAUGCACUCCUUCGAGCAUGCCCUUCAGCUGUUAGUUGCACAGGUGAGACAGCUGCAGGAAAACGCCGCCCAGCUGCGGACCAUCUACGCCGGCGAGAAGGCUGAGGCCAUCAUGGUCAAAGAGCAGGAGGUUAUGGAGGCAUGGAAGGAGCUGCUGACUUCCUGCGAGGCCAGUCGCGUCCAGGUCACAUCAGUGACUGAUAAGGUGCAGUUCUUCUCCGUGGUGCGUGAAAACCUGAUGUGGAUGGAGGGCAUCAUGGGACAGAUUGGAUGGGACGAACCCAGGGAUUUAACGGCGCUGGAGGGGAUGAUGAAACAACACCACGAGCUGAAAGUCAAGAUCGACGGUCGCACCAAGACCAUACAGCAGUGUGCAGACCUGGGCAAGAUCCUGAUAGCUGCAGGCAAUCCAGCAUCUGAGGAGAUAAAGGAGAAGUUGGACAGUCUUCUGGCAAAGCAGAAGGAUCUCAUUGAAAAAUGGGACAAACACCAGGAGAGGUUACAGCGCAAGCAGGAACACUUCCAGUUUACCCAGGAGACGGUGAAGGCUGAAGCCUGGCUGAAGGCCAAGGAGCCGCUGAUCGCCUCCAGGGAGCCGGAGGGAGGCGAGGCCCAGGCCCAGACAGACGAGGUGGAGCAGCUCAUCCUUCGCCAUGAGGCCUUCCGCAAGGCUGCUGUAACCUGGAAAGAACGCUUCAGCUCCCUCCGCCAGCUUUCUGCAGCUGAGAAGAAGAAAGAGGAGGAGAAAAAGGCCCCGUUGUCCAGUCGGCGGAUGUUCCCGUUGUCGUGUCUGACUCCCAGCGUUCCCUCAGCCAGUGUUACCUCACCGUUCUUGAGGCAGACGGUCCAGGCGCAUAUAGAACCCAAACCCUUACAGACCAGUCUCGAACUGGGUGCCACCCCCAUAACCCAGAGAUUGUCAUCAGCCUUAGCCAGCUACAAUCCGGUUCUAAACGGAUCAGGCUACCACGGACUGGACCAGCAGAGCAGUCCGAAGCUGGUGGGCUCCUCGUACCUGGGGAUGAACCACCAAACGGCCGGGGUUGGAAGUGACUCUGGGUUCUCGGCGCUGACCUCUCAGAGCGGCGGAGCAGACACUUCAUCUUACCUGGGGAUGAACCAUCAAACUGUCGGCAGCGCGGAGAGCUCUGGGUACUUCGGACUGACCAGUGGGGGCAUGGGCAGCUCGAUGCAGAACCAUCUGAGUAGUGGGAGGUUAGGAAGUUCAGGUAACCUCACUCAGCAGCCGGGCAGUGGAGGGGUGGGUUGUCCAGGGUUCCUGCCUCAGCAGCAGAGCAUGGGAAGCUCUGGAUAUCUGGCACAAACACAGAAUCCAGGAAGUUCUGGAUACUUGGGACAGCAGCCCAAUUUAGGGAGUUCAGGAUAUUUGGCACAACAGCCUAAUAUGGGGAGUUCUGGAUAUUUGGCCCAGCAGCCUAAUAUGGGGAGUUCUGGAUAUUUGGCCCAACAGCCUAAUAUGGGGAGUUCUGGGUAUUUGGCCCAACAGCCUAAUAUGGGGAGUUCUGGGUAUUUGGCACAACAGCCCAAUAUGGGGAGUUCUGGGUAUUUGGCGCAGCAACCCAAUAUGGGGAGUUCUGGAUACCUAGCACAUAAUUAUCAGAGCGGCGGGGGAAUGGGUAGCUCAGGAUUUCUGGCACAAAAUCAUUACAGCAGCGGGAGUCUGGGUAGUUCGGGUUACCUGGCUCAGAGCGGCGGCAUCAUGGACCCUAAGAUGGCUUAUGCAUGGCAGCACCUGAAAGCUGACUUCAUGCAGCCCAGGAUCAACCACAUCCACAAGGCGGUGAACCCCCUGCUUGAAGCCAGCAGAGUGCAGCGGGAACAGUAUGGGGACAUCCCCAUGGCAGACAUGAUGGGCCCCGAGUCAGGGCUGGAGCUUCUCCAUGGCCGCCUGCAGAGGGACCCCCGCGGCAGCCGCUCGGACCCUCAGAUGGACCACCUGAGACGGGAGAGGGAAUACAAGCUGGGCCGCCAGACCUCCAGCGAACAGGAGAUCCAGGCCCGGCUGAACGAGCUGCCCCUGAUUGUGCGUCAGGAGCGUUACCGGAGGCGUCUGGAGAGGCAGUCGUCCAGCGAGCAGGAAGGCAGUGGCAAACAGAGGCUGCAGAGGCAAGACUCCAGCGACCUGGAGGGCUCCGUUAAGGACGGCUCCGACAAACGCUCAGGGGAGAAGAGAUCCACCAUGGCAGAGAUUGUAGAACAGGUCCAGGAGAGAGAGGCAGCACAUGCACGAGGGGAGCCCUAUCGGCCUCCCAGCAGCCUCUCGGCACCUGUGACCCGCUUUGACGGUCGCCCUCGUGCCCGAGACCGCCCUAAACCGAGGAGAAGGCCUCGUCCAAAAGAGCCAGAGGAGACACGGCGUUCACGUUCGGCCCCGGCCACCGGCGCACCGACAACGCCCCAGCCGCCUUCACACACUGCCGACAACGAAGGCUUCCUCUACCGCAAAAAGGCCACGAGCUCAGACCUGGAAGCUCAGCAGAGGAGCCCCAACAGCAAAUCCUGGGUGAACGUAUACUGUGUGCUGAAAGAAGGAAAGCUGACCUUCUACAAAGACGCGAGGAACCACACCACAACGUACAACGGAGAACCUUCUGUCGACCUCAGUAACUGCACCUUCGACCCUUCCAUGGGAUACAAGAAGAAGAAGAACGUCUUCAUUCUGCAAAUGUCCGAUGGAAACAACUUUGUAUUCCACGCGAAAGACGAGGAGGAUCUGAAGGCUUGGACUUCAAAUAUCACCACCUGUAUAUCAGAGCACGAGGCCAUGGCCAAGUGGGACAAGCCGGGCACCUCGUCCAUGGAUGGCGACCGCUCGGAGAGGAAGGAGAAGUCGGAGGGCGAUGCCGACGCCAGGUCAGAGCGAUCAGAGCUCGCCGAGGGGGAGGAAAGGUCCGAGAAGGAGAGGUCAGAGAAAGGGGACGGAUCCGAGAAGUUAGACACGUCCGAAAUCGCAGACAAGUUUGAGGGUGGGGCGGGGGGCUCCAGCACGUCUGGAAAGAGCAAAUGAGGAGCCCCCCCCCCCACCACCACCACCACCUGCUGAGUUUUAAUAUUAUUCACUGACUAAAGGCGUAGGAGGAGGCGGUGGGUGGGAGGGAUGGAGGGUGGAGAGCAUGUGCAGCUAGGUUUGCAGAUCCUCAGUCACAGAACCGAACACACUGAGGUCCACGGACUGACUACUGUAACUGUGACGGACUAAUCUCUCAGCCCCUCCCCUUCACCCAGGCAAUACAUCAGUGCUUGCAUUGCGCCACCUGCUGGUAGGUCGGAGGCUGGCCGAGACAGACGGACAGACAGACGGACUCCAACAAAGCGGUCCCAGGAAUUAGUCACUGUCACGUCCCAUCGUUGAUCGUUUAAUCUCUUGGAUUCACAGCAUCUUUCUGUAUGUAUCUUUGACUGAUAAUGUAAUGCUCUGUCGAUCUAGACAAACCCAAGAAGUGGUGAAUGAAAUGUUUCACAAUAUUAAAAAAAAAAAAAAAGUUUUUUGAAGCAAUAUACUUUUUUUAUUUCUUCUCUUUGUUAGAGAGAGAAAAAAGGGGGAAAGGAAACAAGAAAUAGUUGCAAAUGUGAACUCUAUGAUUUGUCACAUCCAUGUAAGCUUACUUCAGGCAGUUGUGCACCUUAAACACUUGACACAUCUGUAUACUAAUCAUAAAGACAUUUAAUCCCGUCACAUGGCUAGCUUUGAAUCAUGUUAAUAUAAUGGAAUGCUGGUGUUACUCACCUCGAUUCAUCCGUGUCGAUUAAUUCUCAUGUCCACCGUUUAUUUUAGGUUCAUUAUUAUGAUUAUGAUUAUUAUUACUAUGAUUUGUCCUCAAUGAUCCAUGUCAAGAAAAGAGCUCUCCAUCAAAUUCUAAUCCAUUAACUCAAGGUGUGUUCAAAGUGGCAAUGCUCAAAGUAACACUAAGCUUAUGUGACACAAUGCCUUUGUAUACAUUACAAAAAUCCGAACAUUGCAUGAAAUAGUUUAUUAGUGCGCCUGUUUAACUUGCCUUUAUUUUUAUGUUCUUGAAACCAUUUAGGCAGAACAGAACUAGAAUUGCAAUAAUUUAACUGUGAGUGGGACGAGUGUCUUUUACCGCCCUGGUGUGAAUCCAGAGGUAAGUGUUUUUGCUGAAGAAGCCGGGUCGUCUUCUGUUCACAGUAAGCAUGAGAAGAACAGGAUGUGUGGGUGGAAACAGACAAAGUUUUGAGGUGUACGAAGCCAAGUGGCGCCUCUGCUGUUUGUACUGUAUUUCUGCAACUUAUUUUCCACAGAAUGUAAUGGUUUCAGCUGUGAAAUGUCCAAUCGCCACAGAGUUCGUGGCACCCAAAAUUGUAAAACCCUCAAACGGUUCAGCUAGAAUUUACCGCUCCGUACCCUGUGUCUUUCAUUUGAAGUAUUAAACUGAUUGGAAACUCUCCAUCAAAAGGCAAGUUAAAUGUAAAAGUGUCAUGAUUCAAGUCAUGAAUUGUAUAUACUUAUCUUUGUAUGUAUACCAAUAAAUCCUGUGCUCUAAUAAAACAAUACUCUGAACUGAAAUGGGUAAAAUUAAAACAUUUGUAUUAAUCCACAUAAGUCAAAUAAAAACAAUCAUCACUGGAAUAUAUUAAUGUUUAUUACAUUUAAAUGAGAAAUAUGCAAAUUAGGAGUCACUAUUAAAUAUCAUAGUGUAUAUAAGUACACGAGUAUCUAGUUGUAUUAAACACGUUUUACCAGGGAAGAGCAGCAGGACAUACUCUAGGUAUGCUUGUUGUAUUUUUAUAUGCUUCUAUUUAUUCAUAUCAGGUUGCUAUCAGAUUCAGGAGUUGCCCCGUAGCCCCAGUAAGAAGAUGUUAUAUUAGCUGAUUGAAUAGUCAGUGUGUGUCUGUGAGAAGUGUGUUAAAUGUAUGUAUUACCAACUAGAAAACAUCAACGAGCCUCUGCAGUUUAGUCCGUGCUGCUCGGUGAUGGCCCGUCACAUCUGAACCCCAGUAUGCUGUGAUCACAGAGAUGAACAGGCUUUAGUCCUAUUGUUUGUCAUGAAUGUUGGUAAUUUUUUUUUUACAUAAAUUAAAUACAGUUUAUCUAAUGUCAGUAAAAUGGUGCCAUUAAAGAAAACAGGAAACACUUCCAGCAGCAGAUGAGUCUUUUCCCCUCAUGUUCCUCUGACUGUAACAGUGUUAUUCUAUUUCCAUUCUGUCGCACAGACACCUCUAAUGUGUAAAAUAAUGACUUCUUUUCAGUCUUCCUUUCGAUAAAAGCACCAAACACACAUUUGAGACUAGACUUGAGAUGCAGCGGUGUGUGAUGCGUUCACUGACUUGUGGAUUGUAGUGUUCUGUAUCUGUCUGCAUUACUGCAGCCUCAGAUUAGCUCAACAGGAAUAGAUAAGCUAUGUUAUGAUGAAAAUGUUAUUUUGGGUUUGUUUCGUCACUUUUUAUUUUAACAUAAGUGCCAUGUCAUGCGGUUUCCUCUAAGGGUGGUUUGGAAGAGAAAACAAUCGGUUAUUUAACUACGAGAGACGUUUAAUUUGACCGACAGUGAGCCUGUCAUUGCAAUACAUAUUUUUAUCAUUGAAAUAGGAGCUAUAGUAUUUUCAUGUGGCUGUAAUUGUUCUGAAUCAUUGCUCAUGGCAGAUAUUUAGCCCACAUCCAUGUGUGUUUUAAGUGUUUGCUUCCCAUCACUUUUAUGAUAAAACACACAGGGGAUUUUCCACUAUGUUAUAAUUAACAGUCGAACUUAAAUAAGCAGCGUGAACCGUGACUGAAGAAAAAAUAUUGUGCAAACUUUGUUUCCUUCAUUGAUGGUCUUAACAGUGUGUAUGUCUUUGUUACUUUACAUUACAACUUGCUGCUAUGACAUUAAAUAAACCUCCAAACUUGCUGAUGCAAAACUUGACGUGGAGUUGAUGUGGAAAUACGUUCUUCACCGACACACACUGGAAACAGUUCGACCUUCCCAUUGAUGCAAAACAAUGAGUGACACAAGUCGACUGUCUUCAAAUUAGCUGAAUAAGAGGGAGAAGCCUUUGGUUUGAGGAACAUAUUGUAACAUUAUUGUCACAAAGCAGCGGCAUUGAUUGAAUUCAUGUAAUAUAUACUAAAAACUAUGGUUCUUUAAGGUUAAGGAUCAGAUUUUAUAUAAAGUAUGUAAGUAUGGUGCUGUUAACACAAUAAAUUUGCAUAUUUCAGCAUCUUUACAGAGUUAGCGCCUUCCAUAAAACCUCCAAACACUCAAAAGAAAAGUAUUAUUUUUGGAGGAUGACAUCUAUUUGCAGUUUGAUGCUUCAGGAUAAUAUGGAAAAUAUGGAGUUGAAGUUGAGGAUCUGCCGAACUCAAAAGAAAAUGGACUUUUAGGAAUAAUAUGUGAGCUUAGUGAAGGAGAUGUCAUUUUAAUUUUCUGACUUUUUUCUUGUAAAGUUGUUUCAGACACAGAUAUUAUUAUUAUUGUUAUUAUUAUUAUUUGAAGCAGAGUAUAUUAGUUCAUCUUCUGCCUUGACUAAAGUGGAUCUUCAGGUGUUAAAUGGACAUACAGAUGUUCUCCAGGGUUGUACAGGGUUGAGGUUUUAUCAAAAUGCUCCGAAUCCAACACAUCCAUGCUGUAUUUACUGCUUUCUUAAUCACAGAACGAGCUCGACGCAGUUAAAAAUCUAAUGUGAAUGGACAUGAAUCAUUAAUGUGACUUGCAAUAUGUUCAUGCAACUUUUGUUUUGCACUAAAAAAAAAAAAAAAACUGCCCCAUGCACAAACGCAGGGUUUAUUCUAUUAAAAAAAA